UAUUAUUAACCAGAGGAAAGCUUCAUGAAGGUGGGCCAUGAGCUGCAUUUUAAUGUAUAAAAUACAAAAACUUCCUUCAGCCUCCCCCACAUCCCCCAGAAUCAUUCAACCAGAAGUAGCAUUUCAUUUUUUGGGGGGCUUCUGCAAGAGCUUUCCUUACCAAGGUCAACCAUUCCACUGUGUCCUUGAUCCCACACCUUUCCUUGGAGCUAGCCCCUUGAUCAGCACCCCCUCCCCAAACAAAUACACACUUGCUCUUCUAAAGAUGCAAAUAUUAAUAAACCUAUUGAGGUAAUUACCCAAAACAAAAUAGAACUGGUCCCUUCAAGCUUUAUGUUUGCAUUAAAGCAAAUAAUGUCCAAAAUGGAAGUCUAGUAAUAAUUAUUUCUUAUUGGGGGUGUGUAAUUUAAGAUUCUAAAUGUGGAUUCUAAUCUGUUCCCCCAGUUUUGGGGGAAACUGACUAAAAUCACUGAUAAAACAAGUUUAGGUUUUUAAGGGUUUAUUGAAAAAUAGAGAGCCGGCGGAAGUACUUCUCCCCAUGGACUCAGAGGUUCGCGAGUUCCAGGUUAAAAAUGGCAAAAAGCUUGUGGAGUAAGUGGAAGAGGAAGAUGCAUGCAGAAAAGAGAAAGAAGAAUGCACCAAAGGAACUUAGCCGCCUAAAAGGUAUACUUAAAACAGAUGGUGAUGUUUUAAUGGAAGAAGUAAAAGACAUAGCAACUGUGGUAGCACCUGGAAAAAUCAAAGAGAAAACAGACUCUGCAUGGAAUGAUCAAGAGGGUGAAUCAAAAAUGGAAGUGGAUGUUAAAAGAAACAAAAAGAGUCUUUUAGACGAACAUGGACAGUACCCAAUUUGGAUGCACCCGAGGCAAAGGAAAAAACUAAAGGCAAACCGGGGAAAAGGGAAGGCGAAAGUGAAGGCAGCAAAAGCAGCCAAGGGCCUGGCUUGGUAGAUUCUUAAAAGGCCUGGAACAAAAUCACCUGGACAUGUUUGUUCAGAAUAUGUGCUGGGAUUGAAUGAAAAUAAUUUGUUUCUAUAUUUGCCUUUAUCAGUUACUUCAACUGAAACAUGAAAUACCUAUCCUCCCUACUUCAUUUGGUUCUUCAUGAAGCCUUUUUCUGGUCAGUGUUAGCUGCACCAAACUUGUGUCUGACUGUGUCAGUGAUUUAUCUGAUGCAGCGGUUUUCAGUAAAUGAACUGUGUAAUCAUCACAGCGUUCUUGCACUUGGGGUAAAUCUAUUUGAUAAAGAUACCACAGGCUGUUAUCAAAUUUUAGAUAGCCCUACUCUUAGGGGAAAAAAUAGCUGUCAUUAUUUUUAUAAUUUCUUACACAUAAGUGCUGUUUAUCUAAACAGAACCUGUAUUCCUACAGUUAUUUUUGCUCUGUAAGUAAAAAUAAAUUACAUUCUGUGUUA